UUGUGCCACGUCUGACGUCACACCCUUCCCGGAAGUCCGAGCCGUGAAGAGGAUGGCGUCGUACGUCUAUUCGCUGGAAGAGGAUGUUUGCUUUCAAUGAAAGAAAAAUAACACCUGAAUCCACAAUUGUAUAGCAGAAUAAACCGCUGGACAGUCUCUUCCGUCAAACCUACAGGGAUUUGGACCGCUCACCCUCUCUCCUGGAGGAAGAACGGCCUUUAAUAAAAAAAAAAAAUGUCACUCUUCCAGUCUGCACUGGAUUUCCUAGCCGGGCCCGGCUCGGUUGGAGCGGCUAGCCGGGACCAGAAUGACUUCGUUGGGCAGCUCGUUGAACUCGGUGACAUGAAACUGAGGAUCAAAAGGGUGAUUGCUGAAGGCGGAUUUGCUUUUGUGUAUGAAGCCCAGGAUWUGAGCAGUGGCAAAGACUACGCUCUGAAGAGGCUGCUGUCCAAUGAGGAGGAGAAGAACAAAGAAAUUAUACAGGAAGUCUGCUUUAUGAAAAAGCUGUCAGGUCAUCCAAAUUUGGUUCAGUUCAGCUCGGCUGCCUCAAUCAGCAAAGAAGAGUCAGACACCGGGCAGGCUGAGUACUUGAUCCUCACUGAGCUCUGUAAAGGUCAGCUUGUGGACUUUAUAAAGCGGGUGGAGCAGAAAGCUCCAAUGUCCUGUGACACUGUGCUGAAAAUCUUCUACCAGGCGUGUCGCGCUGUGCAGCACAUGCACAAACAAAAACCCCCCAUCAUCCACAGAGACCUCAAGAUUGAGAACCUCUUGAUUAGUAACCAGGGCACCAUCAAGCUGUGUGACUUUGGCAGCGCCACCACAGUCUCACAUUAUCCCGACUACAGCUGGUCUGCACAGAAGAGGUCCAUGGUGGAGGAUGAGAUCACAAGAAACACCACUCCAGCCUAUAGGACACCUGAAAUGAUUGAUUUAUACUCCAACUUUCCCAUCAACGAGAAACAAGACAUCUGGGCUCUUGGAUGCAUCCUCUACUUGUUGUGUUUCAAACAACAUCCUUUUGAGGAGGGAGCUAAGCUGCAAAUAGUCAAUGGGAAAUACUCAAUCCCUCAGAACGACGGCAAAUACACCGUGUUUCAUGACCUCAUA